UGGGCAACAUCGAACACGCGUCGUCUCAGCUCCCAAAACUGCAUAGGAAAUAAAUACAUAUCCUUUAAUAUAUAAAUGAAAUUUUUUAUAGCUAACUGCAAAUAAUUUCAUUUUUUCUAGGGACUGAAUACAGUUGAUCACGGCAUCUGCAAUGUUAUGUCAUCCCGGAGCAGCUUUUCUCCGUAACCCCGCAGUACGACUUCAGAAAAUGCCUUUUAUUAACAGCGGCUAAGUCGACAAUCAGACAGUCAUCUGAAAGCAUCUGGAAUAGGAAACGAUCCUAUCGGACGUUUUAGUAAAAACAAGCCGGGGAUGCGAUGGAAGUAACGAAAACGAGGCAUUUUAAAUAAGUCAGCAAAGCUCCGGGCUGCGAAGUUGGAGGGCAGGCGGCGUAGCGUGGGGCCGGGGACGCUUCCUCCCGGAGUGACGUCGGCUCGGGCUUGGGCUGCAUUUAUCCGCCCGGCUGGUUCUGGGCUGGUUCUGCAGGGCGGGGGCUACGAAACGGGUCUCGCCGGGAACGUUUGGAGCCUCGAUAGCUUGAAACACUAAGGGCGACUAGCGGAGAUCGCAGAGGACAACUUUCGGCGAGAGAAACAGCAUAAUGCGCAAUAGCCAUCCUGCAGGCUAGCUUCGCUCUGGAAACUAAAUCGGUGACUAAACAGAUUUUUAAUAUAUAAAUAUAGCUCAUUGUCCGCGGACUGUCGUAACCUGGACGCUGUGUAUCGCGAUCGCAUGCUUGCUUUGAAUAUCUGAUGAGAUGUCGCUGGUAAACAUUGACAGUGAGCAGAGGUGGGUGCCCACUCACGUCCAGGUGACGGUUCUCCGAGGCAGGGGACUGAGAGCGAAGGGCAAGCAUGGGACAAGCGACGUCUACACCAUUAUACAAGUCGGAAAGGAGAAAUUCACUACGGCCGUAGUCGAGAAAACGACAUCCCCGGAGUGGAAUGAAGAAUGCAUUUUCGAGCUGCUCCCCGGGGUGCUGGAGCCGAAGGGACGCAGCGCCUAUCCGCCGGGGAGCGGCGACCUGGUCCUGACGCUGAUGCACCGGGCUUUGAUCGGACUCGAUGUGUUUCUUGGGCAAACGGUUAUCCCGUUGGAUAAAGUCUUCCAGGAGAGGAUAUAUCCGAAAAACGAGUGGUAUAAGCUGCACUCCAAGUCAGGGAAGCGUGAGAAGGAACGGGGUGAGGUCCAGGUGACCGUCCAGUUCACCCGCAACAACCUGACGGCCAGCAUGUACGACCUUUCCAUGAAGGACAAGCCGCGAUCCGCCUUGGGCAAGCUGAAGGACCGCGUCAAGGGCAAGAAGAGGGGGGACGCCGAGACAAACUCUGCCAUCGUGCCCAGAGGAUAUGCCGCCCUUUCGGGCUCGGGGCGCCUCACGGGUGAUGGCGGUGAUGACGAGGAUGCCGAGGAGGGGGCCUUGACUCGAAAGGGCAAGAUAAAGGGCUUCUUUGGGAAGGGGAAGUUGCGGAAGACUUCAGACACACGCUCCAGCACGUCCCUGACCUCCGAGGGCAGCACGUUGUCCUCACCCGGCGGCAGCCUGAGUCCCACGGCCGGUAUCAGCAUGGUGGUGUCUGACCUCUCCAACUCCCCCAGCAACAGCAGCAACCUGACGGCAGAUAACAGCCCUGUGCACACUACACAGCCCUCCCCGCUGCUGAUGACCCACAAGAGGGCAUUCAGUGAUGAGGCCAGCAAGGUGACAGCCUUCCUGCCCUGGCCCCGUGCCGUGGAGAACCUGAAAGUACAGAGCGCAGUGCUCUCACGCUCCACGCUGUGCAUCAACGGGAGCCACAUUUACGGAGGCGAGCCGGCCGUGCCCCGCAGCGUCAGCGUCCUGCAGACUCGGCUGGGCCUGCUGGACAAGUGCUCGCCCCUCUCCCGCUCGCUCCAGAAUCUCACUCGCCGCAGCGAGGACCCCGCCAGGGCCGUGGGGGCUGUCAGGCGCUGGUCUUUCGACAGAGGUGGAAAGGAGGAGAAGUCCAUCGUGGCCCCCGCACCAAAGCAGCCAGUCGGGGGCCUGGAGGACCAGGUCCUGGGGCAGGUGGCCCCUGCAGCCCCAGUGGUAAAGCCAGAAGCUGCUAGUGAGGAAAAGAAACCGAAAAAAAACCUGUUCUCCCAGGGCAAGAGCGAUUCCACUGGGAAGGGAAUAGACUUGGGCAAGAGCCAGCCGAACCCAAGUGGCCCCACUACCGAAGAGAGACACAGGGGCUGGUUUGGAACCAAGGACCCACAGAACAAACCAAGCCCGGAAGUGUCUCCUAAGGUAGAAACCAACACAGAUGCACCCUUUCACCUCUCACCUCACUCCCCCAAUCACCUUUCCUCCAGUCCUAGUCCUGCUCUUGCCCCCAGCCCAACUGCCCUGGGCAGCCCCCGCCAUGCUAACCCUUUCACCCCUUCACCAGCUACCCCUCCAAUAUCUCCUUCAAACCCCUUCUUUACCCGUCUACAGUAUAACCCUUUCUUUGAGGAGCUUAUAGCUGACCAGGCUCUUAAAAGUGUAUCGCCUGCUCCCUGCCCCCCCAAUUCUCCCCUCUGGCCUUCUGCACCUCCCCCCAACUGGUCUAGUACCUGUCCUUCCAACAAUAACACUCAAGCCCUGCAGGAAAAUAUUGCCUCCAAGAGGGACCGUCCCAUAGGUGUCUGCAGACAGCAAUCCCUACCUGAACUUCUCCCAAGAUCUCCUGGUUUAGCAGCAAACUUGUCCCCCAGCUUGCCUGCCACGCGCUCCAUGUCUGCAGAGUGGGACGACUCAUUUGAGGCCUUUGCUGCCAGCAGGCUGAGGUCACAGAAAGACCCAACCCCUCAUUCGCCAUCCAAAGCGUUGUCCCCUCACAGAACAAAUAGUCUCCCUCGAAGCAGACCAACAUGUUGCAUUAAGGAGGAGACGUCUGCGGACCUUGAGCCUGAUGGGAAAGCUCCACCGCUGCCCCCACGCAGGCCCGUCAAAGAGGUGCGACCAGACAGCUGGUUGGACCGAGCUGAGGAGCUGGCAGUGAAAAAAGAGGCACGCUUGUUGUUCCAGACAGAUGUAGCAUCCAUGCUGCACCAGAAGGGGGCGGAUUAUGGGAGAAUGAUGACCUCUCCUUCCCAGCAGCCCACAUCAGAUACAGAAUUAUUCACAGAGGGAGAUGCAAGAAGUAGUCCAUCCCCUUCGAAUUUACCGAACAACAGCACUAGAGGGUCCACUGGACACCACAACAGUAGUCUGGAGACAACUGGAAGUAAAGCUGAAAACAAGAAAUCCUCAUCAGAGGACAAAUGUAUUUCUGAAAGUAACUUGGAUGAUCUCAAUAACUUUAAGUCUGAAGCCUUUGAGGGAGAAUCUGAGAAACCUUUAAGUGUUAGUAGUCCUGGUUUUGCUGAAGAAUCCAAGAAAGAUAAAACUAUUUCAGCUUUAGAGCUUACCAUAAAUACACCUGAACUCCAGAGUGACACACUGAGCCAUUUUGUCACUGAAAUGGCAACAAAUAAAUCAGAUGACGUUGGCGGAAUCCAAUCUCACAAACUCUUAGAAGCUAGCUUUAAAGACUUGGAUGUUAUCACAGAUAUUGCUUGCAAGAAAACUUCUAAAAUUGCCACUGUUUAUCCAAGAACCAAUACAAUGACCAACUCACUUUGCCUGGCCUUACAAGAUCCCACUACAGAUCUUGAAGGUGUUCCCAAAACAAAGGAAGUUAACAAUAAUUACCAAAAUAUAGUGGCCAGUGUUCCUGGGACCAUCAGUACUGAAAGUUACUCCAAACCUUCAAGUUCUUUUGCAGAAUCUAGUGCUCUUGAAAGCAUUUCUCUUGAAUUUAGAUCAGAAAUUUACAGAAAUGCUGCAGAAAUAUCUGUUGUGGAGCCAGAUUUGUCUGUUUCUGUAAAACCUAUGAAACUCACAAAUAACCUUGUGUUACCUCCCGCGGAUAAAUUCCAGCCGGCAUGCAAUUUGACAAGGGCAACUGAAAAGGAAUCAAGCUUCGAAAGAGCACCCAGCCUGACCUCAAGAGCUGAAGUCAAUCCAGAUAACAAACUUCAAUGUUCGGUGCUUGACUUUCAGCACACUGACAUGAACCUCAAUGAAUCAACUUCGCCAAUUAUGCAUUAUAAUAACACUUUUAAAGGAAAUGCUAAAGACGUUUUUGGAAAUAAUUUAAAUGUUGCUAACACUUUAAUCUUUGAUUGCUCUGAAACAAAUCCGCCAGCUCCUGUGAACUCUGAUUUCUUUGUAGUUAACCUUAAUACUGCCAGUGAACAUGGGUUCUCUGAGGCAACAACAAAUGAGGAAUUUGAAAACUCCUCAAGAAAGGACACUUGCAAUGAGAUGGUGCCUUUGAAUGCUACGGCUAUACCUCCUCCAGAAGAGCCUUCAUCUGGAACAACGGAUGAUUCUACUAAUGAGCUCCAAAUUUCAAACAGACCCUCCAAAGCCACUGUGAUAUGGAAAGGAGAAGAGAUCCAUGCACCACCCAGUCUGUUCAGCAGUCACCCUGUGAUAGAAGAUAAGGAUACAUUGCAAAGCAAGGAAUUACAUGCCAGAGGGUCAUAUCCUGAUGAGCAUUGUCUCAGAAGCCAGAUGAUGACUGCUGCAAGGGAUGGAAAUGAAGCCCUUGGAAGGAAGGUUCCUUUACAGUCGCCUCUCGAGCAGCAGAGAGACGAGUGUUCUUCACCUGUUACGUUGAGUCUUGCCUCAACUGUCUCCCAAGACCAGUCAAAACACGACCAUGAAGAAUGUACUCCAAUGGAGCAGCCUCUUUCAGAGACCACAAAGGAGAAUAGCUUUAAAGACCUUCACGCCAAAUUAGCCCCCGACUGUAGAAACCUCAAAGAUGACUUUCCUUCUGGAGAUCUUCUGCAUGCCCGUACCCACCAGGCUUCCUGUACCUCCUCCCCAGUAGCUAAAACUAAUUCCCAGCCUGCCCUUUUCCCCUCUCCCAUCUUGCCCCUCAUGACUGUGAGGCCAUCAGAAGGGACCGCCAAGGUCGCCGCCCCCUUCUCCACUGUCCUACCACUGAUUGGUGCAGCGCACACGGUUUUGCCCGAGGAGACACAGCCGGCCUCCAGCAUCCUGUCCCGUCAUGAGAGCAGCCCCCAUCCAGUGAAACCCCUAACUGCAACAGUGCAGCAGGGGGAGAAAAAGACAGAGGGUCGUUCGGUCUUAGUGAGCGGCUUGGAGAAGCUAAGAUCGACCAUCCAUCCCAGGUGGGCCGCCUCACAGAGUGAGACGGAAGCUGACCGGAGCAAGCCCGACAGCCCUGCCCAGUAUCAGCACCUGACACACAGCGAGCUGGUCGCUCUACUGCUGCAGAAGGAGGCGGAGCUGGAGAAGCAGAAAGCGGAGCUGGAGAAGCAGGGGGCGCUGCUGGACAAGCGCGAAGUGGAGCUGAAGAAGAUGAAGAUGCAGGUGCGCGACCUGGAGGACUACAUCGACCGGCUGCUGGUGCGCAUCAUGGAGCAGACACCUGCGCUCUUGCAGGUGCGCUCCAGGUACAAGUGACGGGCGCAGGCGGGAUUGCGGCAGGCCGAGGCCCCCUGCUGGCAGGCCCCGGUAUCACGGACCCGACCAGAAGGCUCCAUGUCUACUCACGCCUAUACUGCCAUGCAACUGCAAAGCCAGUAAAUGCCAUGCCUGCAUGCUUAAUGUCCACGGAGCUGUUCCCAAGUGAGAGUCGGGCUUGAACGGAGGGGUUUGGGGCACCCGCACGGCUCCAGGUUCGAUGCAUAGUCUUCAGUUCCAGGGGUGGGAGGGGUGGGGUGCUGUUUCGUGUGACGAAAGUUGCUACCUCAGAUGGGGUUUCUCGAGCCAUUUUGCUUUGCUUGCUUCUAGAGCAGCAGGACAGGAUUUGAGAGCAGGGGCCCAAGUGGUUGUAUGUAUCCAGCCUGUGUAGCCUACUCUUAGGUUGUGACCUACCUUGCCGUUGUCUUCUCAGCUGCUUAUGUGAUGCCCCAUCAGCCAUCGUCAGCUUCCGGCUCUCUGACACACAUGCCUAACAAAGACCUGUCACGCUAUACGGGGAGCCCCAGAGCCCGCCGGGCCCGGUCACGUGUAGGGAGGGUUAGGGUUAGAGUUAGCUCACAGUGAGCGUAGAUAAGCCAUCAGAGCCCCAGCUAAGCCUAAGCUUUAGGUCGCUUUUUUUUUUGGUUUUUUGUAGCUCUGAGAUGCUGGAGAAGUGCCAAGGAAUUAGAUAUGAUCCUGACAUCUGAUCCUUUAUGGAGUGCUGUCACCAGGGCGUAUCAGAGCAUGAACUACGCUGUGAGGGCCAGUGCCGAGCACUGCCUUACUAGCCCAGUUCGCAGUUUUUUUUUUUUUUCAGUACUUAAUGUUUAAGAAUGGUUCGAUGCAAAUAUGUACCACCUGACUGAGUUUUGUUUGUUGAAACCAUCCCUGAGCCAAGCUAUGCUUUCAAGAAAAAACACAGCCAUGUUUCUGAAGAUAGUAUUUUAAAUUAGGAGGUAUGUAGGUGUUCCAUCAAUACCCAUGAAAUGCCAAACAAACACAUGUCACAAAUUGUGAAACAGGAAGGUAAUCCUUAAAUGAAGAAGAAUCUGUGUGAAAAUACUACGAGAGAUGAACUUAAUAAAUUCUGCCCCUUGCACCUUCUUGCUGUUAUAUGUACUGGUUCUGCACAGUAUUAUAACACAUGCCAGAUACUGUUUCACGAAAGCCUUUUCCAGAACUGGCUCCAACAGUAGUCCAAAUGAGUCAGAGACCAAAUAGCUCUCAGAGGGUCUAGGAUCACAGCCACUUCGCCUUUUUCUACUGGUUUAACUGCGUGGAAGGGUUUCUGUUUGCUCUGACAGCUCCUGCGUUUCACGUAGAACACCAAGUAGACCCUGGUUCUCUUCUUGCAUAGGUCUCCACUUACGUUUGGAGCCAGCGUUCUAGCUGUGUGUCUAAAAUAUUUUAAAAUUAUUCAGUUUUUUUUCUUGCCCAAGCAAUGUACAUGAAUGAACCAGUUGCCGUUUACAGUUGUGAAAAUGAUCCUUUAGUUUUUUUCCCUAUUUCAUAUUUUAAUGUUUUUUUCUUUAUUCCUUUCAUGAUUAUAUAGCAUUAAUUGUAUCAAUACAUUGUACGUUUAAAUACUGAAUGAAAAUAAAAAGAAAAUACCGUCCCACAAAAAGUCAAUACAUUGCUCCCCAAGUGUGGAGGAAAUAUUUUGUUUUGCAGUGAAUGACUUGGAAAUGCCACAGCGAGUAAAAAAGAGCCACAAACCCUGAUCUGAUUAAAUGCCUUCAGGGUGAAUUCAAUACAAUUAAAGCAAGACCAAGAUCGUUUUUGUCAUUAUUAAUACCGCCAGCUUUUUAGCAUUCCCCAUUAUAACACAGUAGAAAGUCUUCCAGGAUACAUUAAGCGUGCUUGAAUGGUCAUGAGCACAGUGUUACUCACAGCUGUGCGAUAAUCACGGCUAUGCUUAUUCCACAGCCUGUUUUUACAGCUUCGUUUUCCUGUCACUGGCUUCUCCAUGUAAGUCCUACGUUUUAAAGUAAAAAAAAUAAAGCGUUUAUUUGAAGUACCAUAUACAAUACUAUAACUAUUAAUGCUGAAACAUCUUCAUCAUGGAAAGGUUUCCAUUCUGCUGUCCUUCAGAGAACACGUCUGCUGUACUUUGAAUGUCAAACUGACUGUUUAGUUGCUUUCCAACUGUGCAGUUAUAUUUUUCAUACAACAGUAAUUCUCAGUCUUUUAGGGUCUGUAUUAUAGGCCUAAUUUCAGUUUUAGUCAAUAUUAUAGCUACUCUCUGAGUAUAACAGUAUGUAUGGUCAAUUUCAUUUAUUUAAUGAAAUAAACUCCGAACAGCAGUUCUUAUUUAAUAUCGGCACCUUCUUGACUUCUGGUGUAGGAUACUGGGGAUGAUCUGGAAUAUAACGCUUGAAGAUGAUUGUUCUUUGCACUGGUGUCAACACCUCACAUAUUCAUACUUUGGUUUCAAUUUAAAUCUUGUGAAAUAUUUGCUGUUUGUGUCCCCAUAGCCCUUACAGUCUAGCCUUGUCUCCACUGCAGUCCUGUGCAGCUUUGCCAGUAUAAGGACAACGUACACAAACGUGCUGAACUUAUGCACUGUGUAAUGUAAAAUAAAGCAUUGCUAUUUCA